CGGUUUUAAAAAUCAAAAACAAAACGUCCGUGUUAUAAACAAAUUCUACAUUGAAAAUAUCGAAAUGAAAAAACUUGGAAAAAAAUCUAGGUCAAAAACCUCAAAGACAAGUCAGUCAAAAUUAGCAAAUAAAAACCAUAAUCGAUUAGCAAAACAAGGAAAAUUGAAGAAAAGAAAAAAGAAGGAUAAAGAUCAGCAAAGCCAGAAUGAAGAAAAAUUACAUCAAAAUUCAGGAAAAUUACAUAGUCAAGUAGAACAUUAUAGUGGAGAAGAAGACCAGUUAAAUCCAGAAGAUGAAGAAUUUUAUGGAACUCCAGGGCAAACCAGUUUUGUCAGUGCUGCACAGAAAAGAUUUUCAAAUGGGGAGAAAAGUGUUUCUAAAAGAAAAAGAACAGAUUUUGAAUCUGGAGAGAUUUAUGAGCAAGAGCCAAGGAAAUUGUUUGCUGGAGAAAGUCAGCAGAAUAUGAAAGCCUUGCUACCAAUAAAGACAAAGAAAGGAAUUAUUCCUCAGAUGAUUGAAGAACCAAAUGAAGAAACCUGUAAUACAAGUGCAGACAUGUUAGAAAGAGAUACCAUUAUAAACCAGGAACCAAAACCCUUGCCACAAUUAUCAAAUAUUCAGCUUCUUAUACAAAGAAAACACAACCUGCAAGAAAGGAAAAAGAAGAUUGCCUUACUUGCGAGUGAUGUGAUAGAAAACCCUGAAGAAAAUAUGAAGAAAUUACGAGAGUUAAGACUGAUGUUAGAAGAAUGUGAAUCAGAUGCAUACAUAACAGUAAAAAAACUUGUGAUGCUAUCGCUGAUGGAGAUAUUUAAAGAUAUCAUUCCUGGCUAUAGAAUACGUCUUCUUACAGAAAAAGAAAAAGAACAGAAGAUGAAAAAGGAAACAAAAGCACUGCAAGAUUUUGAACAAGGAUUGCUAAUGAAUUACAAAGGUUAUCUUGAAGUUUUAGAAAAAUAUUGUACAGGAAAGAUUAAUGAGCAAAGUAACAGACAGAAGAGAAAUGGCAUAAAGCAUAUACAUAUACCAGAUGAGGCUUCUCAGGUCAUAACUGAAUUAGCUGUUAGAUGUAUGUGUGAAAUGUUGUCAAAUCAUCCACAUUUCAAUUAUCGUAAUAAUAUCAUAGCAGUUUUAGUGCCAUUGAUGAAUAAACACAACUCAGUGAUAUCAGACAUGGUAUGUCAGACAAGCUCUAAAGUUUUUCGAGAAGAUAAAUCUGGAGAAGUUUCCCUAGAGAUUGUCAGACUAAUAAAUAAAAUGGUGAAAGCAAGAGAUUUUAGAGUUCAGAGGAAGGUUCUGGACACAUUCUUAGCUCUGAAGAUUAAGGAGAUAGAUGCAUUAGAAGAUUUGGAGGAGAACAAGAAGAAAAAAAGAGAAUUCAUGUCAAGAAGAGAGAGGAAGAAAAGAAAAAAGAUGGCCAAUUUGGAACAUGAACUCUUAGAAACAAAAGCAACAGAAGAUAAGAAGAAAAAGGUGAAACUUCAUACAGAAAUCAUAGGAGCAGUGUUUCUGAUUUACUUUAAAGUUUUGAAAGGAUUCAGAAAGUCUACCUUGCUUCCAUCAGUCCUUGAAGGUUUAGCUAAGUUUUCACACUUAAUAAACAUAGAUUUCUUUGAUGACCUUUAUAAAGUGUUUAAUGAAUUAAUAGAAUCAGAGGAUCUGACCUACAGAGAAUCUUUACAUGUGAUACUGACAGCAUUUACCAUCCUCAGUGGACAAGGCAGUGCUCUCAACAUUGACCCUCUUAAGUUCUACACACAUAUGUACAACACACUCUUACAUGUUCAUGCAGGAUGUUCCAGUGAAGAUUUGCCAUUAGUAAUUGAUUGUAUUGAUUGUAUGAUGAACAGACGUAAAAGAUUGAUUUCACAACAAAGAAUUCUGUCCUACACAAAGAGAUUAGCAACUCUUUCAUUGCAACAGAUGCCAAAUGGAACCAUAGCUUUUCUUGGAUUAAUACGUAAUUUUAUGUUGACAUACAAAUACACCGACUUUUUAUUUGACAACGAAAGCCAAGGAAGUGGUAUAUACUUACCAGAAUUACCAGAACCAGAACAUUGUCAUGCCCAUAACACUAUGUUAUGGGAAAUCUCUUCUUUAAAGAAUCAUUAUCAUCCUGCCAUUAAGAAAUAUGCAGUACAUUUAGGUAAAAUGGCUCCUGUGUCUGGAGAAGGACAGUUACCGAUACAAUAUAAAAAACCUCCACGUGAUUUAUAUAAUGAUCAUUCUACAGAAAUAGAUGUAUUUAAUCCACCUGUUGCAGAAAAAUCAACUUAUAAACACAAAAGUAAAAAGAUGAAGAUGUUCAUGCAGGAAGAUAUUACUGAUAUGGUAGUGCAAGUACUUAGUUCAAUACCAGACUGAUCACUGUGGCAAAUAAUAAAAUGACAUCAAUAGUUUUUAUCCUUUUUAUUUCAAAACCUUUUUUGUUCUAUCAAAACUCUCUUGAGGUCUUCUUUUUUGGUGUAUUAACCAAUCUGUUAGCUAGUUGGUAGAAUAAAAUAUCAAACAUCAACAUUAUACAGAGCUAUGAUGUUACGCUUAUUUCAACAUUUUGUGGUAAAUUUAGACUACAACACCACUUGAAUGAUGUAUACCUUAAAAAUCUAAAUUGGUGACCCUAUUAUUAUUAUUAUUUUACAUUAUUAAAAUAGAAAUUUAUGUAUCAACAACGUAUUAUUUUUUAAGAAAAAUCUAUGGAUUUGAAAUUGAAGAUUUGAUGACUUCAGCUACUAAGAAAUAACAUAGUGUUAAACUAAAGGAAAAAUCCUGAAAAACAGCUGUCCAACUUUCUAAAAUUAUACAUCAGUGAUAGCCUUUUAAGAAUUAUGGUUGAUGGCCUAAUGCCAUUACCGGUAAAGGAUUAGGUUCACGGAGGGUUUAUAUAUUGGCCUUAGAUUUGAUUUUUUUAUUAAUCAGGCCAAAAUAUAACAAAUUUCACAUAGUAAUAGUUGUGAUAUUACUAUUAAUAUUAAAUACCUUUUUUUUUUAGCUCAACUGGCCCAAAGGGCCAAGUGAGAUUUUCUCAUCACUUGGCGUCCGUCAUCCAUAGUCUGUUAUCAGUCGUAGUCCAUUAACUUUUUCAAAAACCUUCUCCUCUGAAACUACAGGACCAAUUUCUACCACUGAUACUUAUAUUAUUCCCUUGAAGGAGUAAAACGCAUGUAAUAAAAAUUUAAUAAAAUAAACAAUGAAUAAUUGUCAAAGUCAUCUGGAAGAAUUACUACCUUACCUUGUGUAAAUAAUACCUUUAUGGUGCCCUGAAAUAAUAUUGAUAAGCAUGUGACUGCCACUGUAACUAAAAACUGAAAAUCUACCAAAAAAUUACUAAAAACUGAGCAACAACAGUAGUUUUCCAUCUAUAUUUGAAAACACUGGUCGCUGUACAGUCACAAUGUGUUCAACCAAUGGAAAAAGAGUAGAACUGAUCAUGCUAACAGUGGUAAAAACAGCAUAAAAGAUAAAAUAAAUAACAGUAAAAAAGAAAAUAAUAUAUACAACUGCAGAAAAGAUAGAAAUACACAACAUAAAAGAAUUCUAAGAAGACUGCAUCAGUAAUUGUCUAUUCUCCAAACAGUGUAAAUUGUUUCUUAAAGUUUUGUUUCUUUAUUGUAAUGGUUCCUAGAUGAAUGAUACAGUAAGUGCUAACUGUAAUGUAGGGAAAGCCCUAAUCAGAAGGAAUAUAAAAUAUAGAAAAGAAGCUUGGGUUCAAGUUCUGCUAAUGGAAAUCAAUAAUUUGCAGAUCUAACAUUGUUAAGUUGAAUUUAAGAUGAACUAUAUAACCUUAGCUUACCUCUUGAGAAAAUGUCUGUCGUAAACUUAUUAUCACUUAUUAGACCUAUAUUCUGUAGUCCAUACUCAGUUGACCAAUUCGGACCUAUUCAGAAAAAGUUAAUGUUGACUAACGAACCAUGAAGGUUAGGUGAAGUUCAGAUUUACCCUGCUUACUAUCAUUUCAUACACCAAAGAAUAAAGCUGACCUUAUGCUUAUAGUUUCAAAGAAAGAAACUUACAGUAAUCACAAAAACUUGAUGUUGAUCACUGUAAUAUGAAAUGAGGUCAAUGUCAGGUGAAUGAUUCUAAAUAGCAAAUAUGCUCGUAUUGUGGGUUUUCAUGCUAUUUAGAAUGCAUUGUGACAUAUCAAUUUCCAUUGAAAAAGCAUGCAUAGUUCGAAUUCAGAUGACGUACGAAAACAUAUGAUCUGACGAAUUAAAUGUUCUGUUACACAGAAACCUGGAAAAAUAAUGUAAUAAAAUAAAAAAAAGUUUUAAACAUUCACUGGACCAUGAAAAUGAUCUCAAGUGUAAGGUCUGAGACAAUUUGAGUUUUUUCUGUCGUCUUUCUUGCUUGUACAUAAAAGACUACAUCUUCCUUUGAAUUCUAAUCAUUUGACAAUGAAAUUUCUAUCACCAGUCAAUUGUUAUUUCCAAGAUACAUCAUUUGCACCAAAUUUAAUUUUUUUAAGGUAUUAUUUGUGUCAGAAUACUGAAUGCAACGUGAAAGGACUGAUUCGAAACUUGUUCUACAAUUAAUGCACAGAGAAAGAAUAAAACUGUAUUGAGGCCAGAGGAAAACAUUAAACGAAUUUGAUAAAAUGCAAAGUUAAAAUAUUGAAAGUAUGAUUGUAAUUGUUGAUUUUGAAGCUUAUUUGAAUCUUCUCUGCUGGGAUUCAUCUGAGACUACUAUAGUUGUCUCAGGAUUCAUAAGAUUUUUUUUUGCUGCUGGUACAUUCAAGUGCUGCUGUCACUUGCUUUCAUUUCGAUUAUUCGUAUUUUUCCCUCCAAAAAAACAGCAUUUAAUUGUAUAGUGAAAAAUUAAAAUAAAAUUUUAUUUAAGAAGUGGCGCAAAUGAUACAAGGUAUUUUUAAAACAAGUGGGGCAAAUGAGUUGUAGCGCAAAUGGAUGCAUUUUUGAUGCAAACGGAUUCCUCCCCUUUUGGUCAUAUACUAUUUAUACUGUAUUAUUAACUAAUAUUCCUGUUUUAAUGUCGAUGUACAAAUAAAUUAACUCAGGUGUGAAAAUUUAUUGACUGAAUAAUCAAGCAUAUUUCAGGUGUGAAAAACUUUUUUUCUGCAAAUAAACGUAAUAUUCUUUAGUAAUGUUUGUCUCGCCUUGUACAAAAGCCACAGCAUGGAAGACUUAGGGAUGGUAAUCCAGUUGCUGCAGCAGUGACAGCAUUAACUAUGUGUAUAAAGCUUUAUAUUUAAGAAGCUAGAAGAUCACCUUGUAUAGAGAUGCCCUAUGUGACAAAGUUUCUAUCAGUCAUAUGUUUAUUGUCCUUGACCUCAUUUUCAGAGUUCAAUGUCUGCUUAAAAAACUAUUUUAUACGCAAUAACUCUAAUAAUUCAAGCCCUUAUCGUCUCAGAUUCACUCCGCUUUUCGAUAGUGAGUGUUAUAUAACAACAACUGAUUAUUCAGGUUACUGAGUUAUUUGCCGUAUGAAGUUUCCCUUUAUUAUGAGUAAUAUGAUAACUUUAUUUGGUAUAUGUGAUCCUUGCAAGGUUUGUAUGUCUGUCAGACAAAGUUUACCUGAUCUUGACCUCAUUUCAUGGAUCUCAUAAAGACGAAGUUAAGUUUCAUAGUCAAAAGUUCAUGUCUCAGAAACUAUAAGCAGUAGGUCAAUUUGGUGUAUGGAAUGACUCCAAGUUGUACAUGUCUGUCAGGCAGGGUUCAUCUGACCUUGACAUCGUUUUCACAAUUCAAUGUUCAAUGUUAUUUUUUUCUGGUUCAGUCCAUUUCUCAGAUACUAUGUUUGAUGCAUGGAAUUACCACAUGGUAUGUGUAAAUAAAAUUGAGAAUGGAAAUAGGGAAUGUGUCAAAGAGACAACAACCCGACCAAAUAGCAUAAAACAGCCCAAAGCCACUAAAGGGUCUUCAACACAUCGAGAAAAUCCCGCACUCUGAGCCGCUCGGAGGCGGGCUUCAGCUGGCCCCAGCUGGCCCCUAAACAAAAAUGUACUAGUUCAGUGAAAAUGGACAUCACACUAAACUCCGAAACAUAAAAAUGAACUAAAAUUAAAAAACCAUACAAGACUAACAAAGGCCAGAGGCUCAUGACUUGGGACAGGUGCAAAAAUGCGGCGAGGUUAAACAUGUUUUGUGAGAUCUCAACCCUCCCCUUACACCUCUAGCCAAUGUAGAAUAAACAAACACACAGCAAUACGCACAGAAAAACUCGGCUUAAGAGAAGUCCGAUUCCGAUGUCAGAAUAGGUAACAGAAGAAACUAAGCAAUAUGACAAUGAUAUUAGGGACUACUAGCAGUUACUGACAUGCCAGCUCCAGACCUCAAUAAAACUGAUUGAAAGAUUAUGUCUUCAUUAUUUGAAAAUCAAGCACAAUCCCUCCCGUUAGGGCUUUAGUAUCAUACCAUCAUAAAAUAUAUGAGAAGAACAUAACCAAUAUCAUGCCAACAACUUGCACUCAGAUUUAGGGGGGUUCAGUGUGUCUUUUUGAAAUCUCAGUGUGUAAUUUUCAAAUCUCAGUGUGUAAUUUUAAAUUCUCAGUGUGUAAUUUCAUAAUCUCAGUGAGUGUUUUUCAGUUAUUUCACCUCAGUGUGUCUUUUUGAAAUUUCUUUGUGUAAUUUUCAAAUCUCAGUCUGUAAUUUUCAAUUCUCAGUGUGUGUUUUUCAUUUUUUGUAAUCUCAAUGCGUUUUUAUGAAAUCUCAGUGUGUAAUUUUUAAGUCUCAGUGUUGGUUUUAGGUUUUUUAAACUCAGUGUGUUUUUUUUUUUAAUUCUCAGUGUGUAAAUUUUUCGAAAAAUGGUUUAAACAUAGUUUUGACGAGAACAGCUUGCCAUAAAUUAUAAAAUAUAAAAUACCUACAGGUGAAAUGUUUAUAAAAAUCAAUCUCUGUGUCUAAACCAAGUUCAUAUUUAGACCAAUUUAAAUUGUUAAACAUCCUUGUGAAAGUGGUUUUUUUUUCUUAUUUCUCUAUUGUUGAAGAUUACAUUUUAUAUUAAUAACUUUUUAAGGUGGAGGUAUAAAUGAGAUCAAUAUUUCAAGAAUUCUACAACAGUCCAAAGCCAGGAAAUUUCACUGUUCAGCUAGAACAUCAAGACCGCCUUUGAUGCAAAUCCAAAAAGCAGGCAUACCAAUGGGCACUGCAUUAUUUCCACCAGAAUAUAGCACAAAAGUAACAGAAGUGGCAACAGUUGAACAUUUUAUUAGUUUGUCAGAUAAUUGUUUUAUGGAUAUGGAGUAAUCAUGUUCUCUAACCUGUCCUAUUUGCCAUAUGAGCUGUUGUCAUCAUUUUGUGUCUGUUUUUGUGAUCUGUUACAAACUUUUUAAAAAAUUCUUCUAUGAAACUGCUGGAGUAAUUUCAACAACACUUGGAAUGAAUGAUCAUAAGGAUAUCUAGUUUACAGUUAGUGAUUUAUUGUUCUUGCCAAUGAACCAACAUUACUGACAUUGCUAAUAAAAAAAACCAGAAGGGUCAAAUGCCAACAAAAUGUCAAAUAUCGUGCAAAAGAAAUUGUGACAGGAGCCAAGCACUUUAAUAUUAAACAAAAUUAUCAGACAACUCAGGUAUAAUUGUAAUAAAAUGUUGUUUUUUUUCAA